ACUAAAUUCAUUUUUAGUUUCCGUCAGUCUUCCGUUCUGAGAGUACACAGUGCGUCGGUUAAAUAACAUAUUAUAUAUAUUUUUUUUUAAUUAUUUUGUAAUUAGUUUUAUUAGAGCAAUGUUAAAGCCAAUUUAUCUUGUAUUUCUACCUAUAGUGCUAAGCGUACCAAAUAAUCGGGUAAUAAGAGAAGUGGAUAGUGUUGAACAAGUUAAUUCUCAGUCGACGGAAAUGACACCUUCAACCUCACAAUCAGCAGUACCGUGUCAUGACUUGUCGGAACAUCGUGGUAUUCCGCAAUUAGUUUUUCCCAUGUGUACCAGUUCAAACGGUCUCGAGGGGUUACGCAAUGUCGUGAUUCAUGGGAUGGCUUGCACAUGUGACCUCAACACUCAUGAUGUACACAAGAGAGAUGAUUAUCAGUAUACACCCGGAAUCGGAGCACACAAACUUCACACCCGAGGAGCUACGUUCAACAACGCAAGACGGAUAUGUAAUGAAGAAGGUGGACAUCUUGCUGUUAUUGAUUCUCUCGCUGAGGAGCGGGUAUUGUUGGACCUAUUCAAACGUGCGGUCGGAAUCAGAAAUGUGACGAAUGAAGAUCAAGCUUUAAUUGGAAUCCAUGACCUAUUUUCAGAGGGGGAGUGGGUGACUAUUUUAGGCGAGUCUCUACAUAAAAAUGGCUAUACAAAAUGGAGCGACCGGUGGGGUGGACAGCCAGAUAAUGGUGGUGGUGUACAAAAUUGUGGUAGUUUAUUGAAAGAAGGAGGAAUGGACGACGUCAGUUGUAAUGCGCAGUUUGCUUUCUUUUGUGAAAUACCCGGAAUCCGAAUAGCCCAUUAAAACUUUUGUACUUUCCACACAACCUUUUAACUUUGUGUGUGUAUUUCUGUACUCUGCUAUACACUUUCAUACAAUUAUCAUUUAGUUUUGUUUACUUUAUGUACCGUAACGACAUUUUUAUAUUUUUAUUUUAUUUUUGCCAAUCUAACUUUUUCUAUGCAACUAUUUCCUUUUCAUCGCUACCGUACUUUUUUUUAUACAGUGAUUUAUAUAAUUUGCUGAAGAAUUUUGUCGAAUAAUCAAAUAAACUUUUU